GUGGCCAGGGUGGCUGGGCGGCAGCGAGCCCCCCCCCAACCUCAUUGAGAGACAGGGAGGCAGUGGCGGCGGGCAACAAGGCCUAGGCGGCGAGGAUCCUGGGGCAGUCACGACGAGGCGGCAGCGCAGGAUCGGAUCCAGCACGGCGAGGACCACAGGCUAGGCGGCCUUUGGCCGGCAACUUUUAAAUUUAAUUGUUAAUUUUAAUUAGCGCGGGGGUAGGUGGGGCACGACCCAACCAUCAAUCCUUGCCACGUGCAGGGCAAUUAGGCUACCCUCCAGGAUAAUUGGGUGCCGGGUGGGGGUAUUGAUUAAGCAGGCGGGCUCCUUCACAACGCUUUGUAAUCACGUCGUUUUGCAAGCGGGGCCCCCUAUCUCCCUCUAGUAUGCCUAAGAAAGGACAAGGGGGGCCAAAAGGGAAGGGAAAGGCCCCCAGAGCAGGGGGGAGAUGCCCACCCCCAGCGGCGGAGGGGGCAAGGAGUGGGGAGGGGCCACCAUGGGCGGCCAUAUUAGCCAGGUUGGAAGCCCUAGAACAUGGCUCAAGCCACCCUAAUGCACCCCGGGACCAACCUGUGACAGGGAAGAAGAAAGACCCACCACCCAAACGGUCUCGGGGGAAAACACAGCGGCCAGUGAACAGUGCUGAUGCAGGGGCUGUUGCUUCCAUCUUAGCGCGACUGGAUGUGCUGGAGGCCGGGCUCAGGGCUGAGGCGAGGACGCCCAGCAUAGAGCCAGGCGCAACUCCCACCCUGCAAGCAGCCCCAACAAUGCAGCCCGCACAAGGACCUUCGGCGGAAAGCACACAGGAUCGCUGGACAAGAUCGGAGCAGCCACGCAUCCUCCUAUGUGGCCACAGUAUGAUGUUCUGGGCAGGCCGCAGGGCGGCGAAGUCUCGCUUCGGCACGCAGCUGGGGCUCAGUCAAUGGGCCGCAGUGCGGUGGCUGGGACGUCGGGGGAUGCGUUGGGAUGGGCUCCUGCCAGCCUUGUUUCAACCGGCUGUGGAAGUGGCAGCGCCCCAGGUGCUGGUGAUCCACCUCGGGGGCAACGACUUGGGUCUGUUAAAGGGCAAGGCCCUAAUUGAACAGGCAUGCGGUGACCUCCGGGCCAUUGCACGUCGCUGGCCGGGGGUGCACUUAGUGUGGUCAGACAUCCUGCCGCGCAGGAGGUGGAAUUGUGCCGGUGACCCACGAGGGAUGGACAGGGCACGGAAAAAGGUGAACAGGCAAAUUCAGAGGGCCCUUAGGGACUUAGGAGGUUCUGUCAUCCACCACCCAGAGGUGGGCCACAACAAGCUUGAGCUGUUUCGGCCUGACGGCGUCCAUUUGACGGACAAGGGCAACGACAUCUUUCUAAGGGACCUGCAGAAGGGUUUACACCAGAUUCUUAUCGGGUGUGGGGUAAAGGGGGACUAAGCAGAGGCUUGUCCCCCUUCUGUGGCGAAGAAGUGCGGGGAAAGGUUAAAGGGAAAGGGCAGCUAGGUGACACCUUUAGGCACCUUUGGGGGUGACAGGCGGUC